CUAGAUUUGGUCCCUCAACUAUCGUGGUUUGCACAUUUUUGGUCCCUUAACAAUUUUUUGCACUUUUUUGAUCCCUCAACUAUACGAAAUGCACUCCGUUAGUCCUUCUGUUAAUUUCGAUCGUUAACUCGUUUAUGCCAUUCAUCCACCCCUUAUCAUGUACCCCUCAAACCCCAAUCUCCCUGAUGAUCAGGAGCCCUCAAAACUCCCGCCUGCGGCCUUUAGCCAGUCACCGGCGUACGGAGUUCCAGCUAUCGCACCCAACCAGCAACACUACAACGCCGGAAACUACGCACAACGAGAAUCAGCGGCGCCGCCUCCGCCUCCGCCUCCUUUUCAGUCAGGAACUACAGGCCCUUGGUCCUCUGGCCUCUGUGACUGCUUCUCCGACGUUCCCAAUUGUUGCAUGACGUGUUGGUGUCCUUGUGUCACGUUUGGUCAAAUUGCUGAGAUUGUGGACACAGGAUCAACGUCCCUCAAACAAACGUGGAUGUUGGUUUUAAGACCUUCAACUAAAAAUACAUCAUUUAAGCCCCUAAACUACACAAACUGAUCAAAGUGGCCCCUUACCAACAGCAGAACGUUAACUCACCGUUUAUUUCUCUUCUACUGGCCUUUUGUUUAAAGAAACAUAGAUUAAUUGUAAAAUUGUCCUUAAACUUCUCCAACUUCCUUUACAAUAUAGGUUCUUAAAUUUUACAAAAAUUCAUCAGUCUAAUCUAAAUAAAUUGUAUGCUAAAAUCUUAAAAACUAAUCACCCAUUUAGAGAUUUGAUUACAGAUAAAAAAGAAAUCACAUAUAAGAUAAUAAAGACCUUAUAUUUCCUUCUCUAUCAAACUCCAAAAAGUGAAAAGGGAAAAAUCUUUAAUAUAAGAAACUUUAUAUUUUUGAACUAACGUUUUGCUUGUCUUCUUAUUACUCAAUACUAAAAAGGUCCCAAACAAUCCAAAAGAGUCUCAUAGAAAAUAGAAACAAACAAACAAAAAAAAUGUACUGCUCAAAAUCAAUCCAAUUUGACUUCUUCUGAUUGACCAAUUACUAAUCCAAGAUUCAAAAAAAAAAAAAAAAAGGAAAAGGAAAAUAUAUCAACCAAGCCUAAUACAAAGGAAGGAGUAUGUAACGUUUUUAAUUUGACAAAAGGCUAGGUUAGUGUAUCCAUAAUUCACAGAGACAAUAUACACAGAUCAUUAUAUUUUUAAAUUAAAACACUUGAUAGGUCCUAAGAGAUGUAUACCUUUGAUUUAAUCCAAAUCCCCCCAACAAAUCCAAUCCAAACAGGUUGAACAAGCUUUUCCUGGAUGGGUGACUGUGUUUUUUGGUUUUCAAUGUUUAACCUAUUUUAGAUUCAAUUAGUUAAAUUCUCUAAAAUUUAAUGACAUGUUUUAUAGGAAAUUUGGAAAAUUCAAAGUGCAAUUAUUCCAUUUUUCUUCAAACAGAAGCCCACGUGAGCAUAAAAUAAACAGUGGAUGGCAGUUUUACCGUUAAUAAGGGAUGAAUUUGACA